AUGGAUGACUCGGAGAUUCAUGCGCUCUCAACGAAUGGUCUCAGUCCCGUCCCCGAAGAGUGCCUCCACGGUAUGAGAAGUCCUGGGUUCAUACAGGAAUUGUGCAUUCCUCCGUUCUUAAACGGUAUGAUCGUCCAUGCUGCUACUGAUAGAAUCAAGGAGGAAUCGAUAUUGAUAGGGUGGGUUCCUGUGUUCUCAGCCACGCUGGACCAGUUUGGGAAUAGUCUCGAAUUCGAUAAAGAGUUAGCAUUCUCCGUGCUAUUCAGUGAAGUAUCUGCCCGUCGGCUCUAUGGCGUUCUACGCCAUAUACCCGACCCGCGUACGAGUUUGAACCGUAGUAAAAAUUUACGAGCCAGCAUUCUGGAGUUCUACGUGAAAUUCUCUAUUUGUUAUCUCUCCAACUCUCAGGCUGGAGAAACCGUUUUUAUGAACGAGCUCCUAGUUCGGCCGGAGAACUACACCAUCCAGACGAUGAUUGUCGAGCCUAAGCAGGAUUACGUUAAUGAUACCAGCCCGAGUUUCAUAGUCAGCGUCCAUAAAUCGUCUCCAGCUAUCUAUCGUGGACCAGGCAUUCGUCUCAGUGAGCCGGGGAACAAUAUUCGUGGGCUUGAUCUCGGUGUGGCGGACAUCCCAUGCAGCGAAAAGUUCAAUUUUACUAUGGAGAUGGGCAAAAAGAAUUUAACACGUUAUUACUAUCGCCACCUUCCAAGGAACAAAACCGCGAAGGCUAUCCUGAUUCAAUAUCAUGGUUGGAGUAGCAGCUGUGAAAAAUGGGAGGAGUAUUCCAAAACCGCCGCUAUAGCGGAUAAGUAUGGCUUCAUGUUGAUAUCUGCGUGCGGCAGCUAUUACGGUUUCUAUUCCAGCUGGUUCCGAAGCACAUCUGGCUGGAAUGCUGGGGUUUGCUGUAUUCGCGACAAUGAUGUUGAUGAUGUUGAAUACACCAAACAGAUCCUCAAGAAUGAGAACAAGAAUAACUUACCGGUUUAUGGCUACGGUUACAGCAACGGUGGCAUGAUGGUCGAGUCUUUGUUGUGCCACAAUGUCUUGGACAAAGCCGUAUCUGUCAAUGCCGUACUGGCAUUGAAACCCGGUCUACAAGGAGCGUUCAAGACAUGCGACACCAUCUAUAGAAAUGAGACCUCGAUUGCACCGAAGGUGGCCAGCGUGCACUGUGCCGACGAUGGGUCCCUGGAAGUCGCUACUCAAGACUGA